GGACACCAAAAGAAGCCAAGAGAUGGUCCCGCGGCCCCGAGAGGGAGCUCCGCGGAUUGGUCUGGGGAGGCUCGGCGCGCGCCGCCCGGAGCUCCAGGAUUGGCUAAGGGGGGCAGCUCGCGCCGCCGGAGAGCGUUGACGGUGAUUGGCCAGAGGGUGAGCCCGGCUAUUUGAAGGAGACGCGCGGAGAAGAUACACAUCUCACUCCAUAGAGGUGGUGGGAGCCUUUGUGCGCAACGCUGUCCGGCUGACCCGACAGGGCGCAGACGCGGGCCCGGCCCCAGUUCCGGCUUUAGCCGCGAUCCGGUGAGGUGAUGGCCAAGGUGUCGGUGCUGAACGUGGCGGUGCUGGAGAAUCCGAGCCCUUUUCACAGCCCUUUCCGGUUCGAGAUCAGCUUCGAGUGCAAUGAGGCCCUGGCGGAUGACUUGGAGUGGAAGAUCAUUUAUGUCGGCUCAGCUGAGAGUGAGGAGUUUGAUCAAAUCCUAGACUCAGUGCUGGUCGGCCCUGUCCCAGCAGGGAGACACAUGUUUGUCUUUCAGGCCGACGCCCCCAAUUCAUCCCUCAUCCCAGAGAGUGACGCUGUCGGUGUGACUGUGGUCCUCAUCACCUGCACCUACCACGGACAGGAGUUCAUCCGCGUGGGCUACUAUGUCAACAACGAGUACCCCGACCCUGAGCUGCGGGAGAAUCCACCCUCGAAGCCAGACUUCUCUCAGCUCCAACGGAACAUCUUGGCCUCAAACCCCCGGGUCACUCGUUUCCACAUCAACUGGGACAACAACACGGACAGUCUAGAGGCCAUAGAGAACCAGGACCCUGCCCUAGGCUGUGGCCUCUCCCUCAGCUGCACCCCUAUCAAGGGCUUGGGGCUCCCUGGCUGCAUCCCUGGCCUCCUCCCUGAAAACUCCAUGGACUGCAUCUAACUGGGGGACUCCAGGCCCUACUUGGGCCCAGCCGGGACUGCAGCCGGUCUCCUAACACAUCUGGAAGGGGCAGCCGGGCCUCCUGGAGAGUACUGUGGAGGCCAUCUGGAGGAUUUUGGGGCCAUCCACUACAUCCAGGCCAGUCAAACUUGUCCCCAAGGAAGGAACAGGACUCAGGUCUCUCCCAGUCCCGACCCAGAAGGAUCAUCUCACCUCCACUGCCCAGGCCUAUAAGAAGCAGGUACUUCAGUUCUUAAUUCUCUCUGACUUGUGUCCUUUUUCUCUUCCACACACUAUAAAUUCUACCUGCAGGCUAUUGUGUCACCAUGCUCUUGUACCAUUGAUCCACAGCUCUUUCCACAGACCUCCUGGGCCUGCCUUGAGGUUUUGAUGGUCAAUGGCUGGCAAGGCUCUGGCCCUGUUGGGCCAAAGGCUCUUGUCAUUCCUUUCUCUUCCCAAACAUCUGAGUAGAUCCACCCAGCUUUCUGGAGUCACAGGCAAGGAAUCUAGGUAAGAAGGUGGACUUGGGCACAAUUUCAGUCCUCCUCCCAGGAAGAUUUGUAGGUCUUUCCAAUCCAAAAGCCCCUGGGAAACUUAGUCCCCAAAAGUGUGAUCAGCAGGAUGCUGAAGAAUGAUGGGUGACUGUCCUCUCAGUCACGACCACUUUCUUGUUGCUUCCUAACUGGAUCUGAAUUUCCCUAGAGGCUGCUACUGUGGGAAGAUGGCAUGUCGGAGGGGCCUGCUGUGCUUGGUCUGUCUCAUUGUUGGCAUCAGGGCCCUUCUGUGUCUGGCGGCCUUGAUCUGUCUCUGCUAAGACCUCAUGCUUUCACCAGCCACAGAGUGACUACAGCCCCGAGAAGCAGUAGGGACUCUGAAAAACCUUCCCUCCUGCCAUGCUCCCUGCCGUGCCCUCAUCCCCUUGCUGCUAUGUGGACGCUGUUGUCUUUGCAGUUUGUAUAUUAAAGGGUUUUUAUAUUAAAUAUGUUUGGUUGUCUAAAAAUAAAAGGCACUUCAUCUAGA